AUGAUGCAAAUAAGCGCGAGUGAUUAUUACCAAAGAGCGCCACGAUCCUGCUCAGGUGGACGUCGUUCAUCUCAGCUUCCUACUGGGGUUUCAUCAACGGCAGUCACUAGUGCUAGUUCAAAUAUUCCUAAUAAUACUGAUAAUUCAUUCAGAAUAUCGACCACAGUAAAGGCCUCGGAAUUGUGGUGCUGCUGCUGCAAUUGCACCACCGCGAGAAGUACCAAAGCACCUGGUUUCCUCGCCUGUCUUGGUGUUUGUGUGCUUGUUUUUGGGUACACACUUCUAGGUGCUUUUGCUUUUAUGGCUCUUGAGGGUGGUUUUAAAACGGAACCACCACCAGACAUCGUCAGACUGUCUACUGGUUCAUCAAAACCCGGUAGUGGUAAGACAUCGGUUAAUGUCGCGAGUCGAGAUCAAACAACUCAGUCGCCGGCUAUUUUAUCCGGCGAGGACGAAGAAACUGCAGAAGUUAGAAAAUUACGAGCUAGCACUGUCGAGAAGCUCUGGAGCAUCACUGAAGAUCUAAAUGUCCUUUACAAAGACAACUGGACGCGAUUAGCUGAGCGUGAAAUUCUCGAGUUUCAAGAAAAAAUGGCACGGAGUCUUAACCACGAUCCACGCUCGUCAACAUUCUCUGUUUACGGAGGAACUAUCCAGCGGUCUUCACGAGGUGGAAAUGAUAGAUACAAAGGAGAUAAACGCUGGACAUUUGGCGGCAGUUUAUUGUACUCCCUGACGCUUAUUACAACAAUUGGAUACGGCAGUGUAGCCCCAAGGACUAUUUGGGGUAGAGUAAUCACCGUAGUCUACGCACUAGCAGGAAUACCUUUGAUGCUAGUCUACCUGAGUACCAUUGGAGACGUAUUUGCCAGGACGUUCCGUCGCCUCUACGGCAGGCUUUGUCAUCGGAACACCGAUUGUUCAAAAAAACAACCGUCAAGUGGCGGGCAGUUCCUGGUACCACCUCCUCCGAUGCCAGGUUUGAUUGAAAAAAGUUAUCACCGCUAUGACAAUCAUGUUGAGACGACAAAACUGGGCAAUUUUUACUCCAGUAAAGACAGCUCUUGCGACGAGCUUGGUGUACGCGCUACCGGAGGCGCUAUUCUUCUUGAUCGCGAUGGACUUGAGAGCAAUCUCUACCUCCAUUCAGCCUCUUCGGCAAAUGCAUUGCAGGACAUGAGUACAGAGAAACGACACUUGCAUCCAUGCUCUCAAAUGUCACUGAUGCCAUCAGCAGUAGGAUACGGCACUGACACUAUUUGUGUUGUAAGAAUACCAAUAAGCCUGUGUCUUUUGAUAAUAUUACUGUACGUGUGCGCUGGAACAUUUAUGUUUCACCGUUUGGAGGGGUGGAAUUUAUUGGAGAGUAGUUAUUUCUGCUUCACGAGUCUUGGAACAAUUGGAUUUGGUGACCUCGUUCCUACCGGGAGAAGUGCUUCGACAAAACUAUUAGAAGAACUUAGUCUAUGCGCUUGCUCACUGUACAUUCUCAUCGGAAUGGGUUUGAUAGCAAUGUGCUUUAAUUUAAUGCAAGAAGAAGUUGUACGUGUUGUACGAGUAUUUGGUAGAACCUGUGGUACUAACGGAGGUAUUACACCCGGCAGCUCUCUCGCCGGAGCAACAGGACUUAAAUCAGACUUGUGCGGGGACGCAAGUAUCAGCAUUGGUGGUAAUAUACUUUCCGAUGGGUGUCGUCAGGAGCUGGACCACGAAGAUGACGGUCGUUAUUCAUUGCCACGAAAAAAGACUUUGACCAACGAUUUUGCUAGAGACACUUUUGGUCCUGCUGGGUCAUUUUCACCCACAGCACAUAUUCAACGUGGAGUAUCCUCAUUUGCUCGGAAUAAUAUAUCACCGUUGCAGCAUUAUUCGUAUCAACGCGGUGAUGGCUGUCAUUCACAGCAAGAUGAUCCUACUAAUUUUGAAUACUUUGUACCCAGAAGCAUAAGUGAAUUUAAUUUGUCGGCAUCCUCUGUUCAGGAUAUAGCAAUAGCUCCAGUACCACUUCCUAAUUCUGUGCUAAAACCGUGCUCCAAUUUACCUAUUUGUACUUCAUCACAAACAAAAACAACCGGGACUAUUGUCCAGAGUAAUAACUCCUGUCUAGGUCGUUCAAACACCGAGAGUACUGGUAAUAGUGGUGGUGGGACACUGGGGACUCGUAGUCGUGAAAAAAUGGUCACGUUUGAAGAUGAAGGAGGCUCUACGCCGACUCGUAAAAAUUUAGCGCCCACUAUGGAGAAUGUUUUCAUGUGA